AUGGCUCCCAAAAUAACCGCAAAUGCAGCCAAACAGGCGCUCAUCCUCUCCUGGUUCCACAAGACCGCUGUGGCCCACAGCAUCAAAGACCUUGAGAAAGCGCUCCCCUCUGUUGCGUCUAUCAAUGGAAUGCAAGUGAAGGACUACUUGCAGUCUUUAUCUGACGACAACAAGAUUCGUGUUGAAAAGAUCGGCAGCGGCAACUGGUACUGGAGCUUCCCAAGCGACGAGAAAAAAGCCAAACAGAAGGCCCUCGCCCAGGCUCAAGACGAGCAUGACAAGGCCCAGGCUUUGGUCGACGAACUUCAAUCCAAGGUCAACGAAGCAGGUGCUGCAAGAGAAGAAGAUGCAGAUAUGCGUAUGGGAACAGGUGGCGACCGCAAAACCCUCAUCAAAGAGCACACAGACCUGACUACGGAGAUCGAGCACCUUCGUCAGGAGCUCGCUGCGUAUAGCGAGCAUGAUCCUGUAGAGAUGGAAAAGAAGAAGCAAGAAGUACAACAAUUCAAGGAGGAAGCAGAGAAAAAUAUGGACAAGAUCCUGAGCAUGGAAGACUGGUUUAGGAAGCAGGUUGGUGGCGACAAAGAGCAGAUGGAGGCCAUCAUGCGAGACUGCUAUGGCGAUGAGUUUGACGAAGAGGUGUCCGGCCUACGGGAAUUGUAAUGUCUUCGGAUUCCCCACUCCAGCUGGACCUAUGUAGGCUGAUUCCUUGUACUCCUUGCGAGGCGUCACUACGGUGGUGGGCUCCGUGUAUCCCACCCUAACUGCGGUACAGUGAUAUCCCGCUAGAUAUUCCAAUGCUCCGCCACACUUUGCAAUGACGAGGGAUGAAUCAUCUGUGCCAUAGCCAGUCAAUAUACGAGAAUCAAAUACAUCCCAAGG